CAGGACAGUACAUGAUGGGCAAGGGCUGCGGCGCCGGCUGCCUGACCAACCCACAGUUGGGCGCAGGAAGAGGGCCGAUGUUCAUGCCCGGCGGCGUGCGGCCUGUGCUCGCCUGCGGGGGCAUGGGCCUGAUACCCGGCAAGGGCAUCCUGGCCCCAGGCGGGGCGCCCAUGCUCCAGCGGCCGCCAGGCCGGCGGGCGUGGUCGCCUCACGCCGGCUCGCGGGCCAUCAGGCAGUGCACGGCGACCGACGAGAAUGGCAACCCGCUCCCGCCCGGCCUGCAGAAGGAGAAAGAGGAGGAGGAGGAGCGCAAGUCCUCCAGCAGGACCCC